AUGUUGCCCAAAGUUCUCCUGAUGCUCCUCAACAUAUUCCUGGCUCUCCAGUGGAGGGUUGGACCUCACGUUGACCUGGAGAAUAAGCACCCUGUCCAAGAAAACGUAGUCUUCGGCCCUCAGCCUAGGCCUGUGCCUCAGACUCUACUUGAUCCUGAAUCCCCUGCUGCUGCUGAUGUAUUCUUCGGCCCUCAGCCACAGCCACAGGCCAAAUCCCUGGGCCAUGAUGAUGAUUUAGUCUUUAGCUCCCAGCCUCAUCCUCUGCCUCAGCCCCAGCCUCUGCCCCAGCCACAGCCUGAGCCAGAGCCUCAGCCCCAACCCCAGCCUCAGCCCCAGCCCCAGCCUCAACCGCAGCCCCAGCCCCAGCCCCUGGCUGGGCGCCAGCCUCUGCCCCAGCCCCUGCCCUGGCCCCUUCCUCAGCCCCAGCCGGAGCCGGAGCCGGAGCCCCAGCCGGAGCCAGAGCCUCAACCCCAGCCUGAGCCCCAGCCUGAGCCUGAGCCUGAGCCCCAGCCUCAGCCCCUGGCUGGGCGCCAGCCUCUGCCCCAUCCCCCGCCUUGGCCCCUGCCCUUGCCCCGUCCCCAGCCUGAACCCCAGCCUGAACCCCAACCUCAGCCAGAGCCCCAGCCUCAGCCCGAGCCCCACCCUCACCCUGAACCCCAGACCCCAGUCCAGCUCCAGGCUGGGCGCCAACCCAGGCCCAGGCCCCAGCCUGAGCCCCAGCCAGAGCCCCAGCCGGAGCCCCAGCCGGAGCCUCAGCCGGAGCCUCAGCCGGAGCCCCAGCCAGAGCCUCAGCCCCAGCCUCAGCCCCAGCCUCAGCCCCAGCCUGAGCCGGAGCCUGAGCCCCAGCCCCAACCGGAGCCCGAGCCCCAGCCCCAACCGGAGCCCGAGCCCCAGCCCCAGCCGGAGCCUCAGCCCCAGCCUCAGCCGGAGCCUGAGCCCCAGCCGGAGCCCCAGCCGAAGCCUGAGCCUGAACCGGAACCAGAGCCCCAGCCGGAGCCUGAGCCCGAGCCUGAGCCCGAACCGGAACCAGAGCCCCAGCCGGAGCCCCAACCAGAGCCUGAGCCCGAACCGGAGCCCGAACCGGAGCCCGAACCGGAGCCUGAGCCUGAGCCCGAACCGGAGCCAGAGCCGGAGCCUCAGCAGGAGUCCCAGCAGGAGCCUGAGCCAGACCACCAGCCGCACCCCCAGCCGCACCCCCAGCCGCACCCCCAGCCGGACCCCCAGCCGGACCCUCAGCCAGAUCCUCAGCCAGAUCCUCAGCCUGACCCCGAGCCUGAACCAGAGAUGGAGCCAGAACCCCAGUACCAGCAGGAGCUUCAGUCUAGUGGAAAGAAACUUCCAGAAGAAGAAACAGAACUUGCUGCUGACUGCAUGACGGGGGGCUCAGGAGAGAAUCUGGCAAGAGCUUCUCGAAUCCUUAACACCAUCCUAAGUAACUACGACCAUAAACUGCGCCCUGGCAUUGGAAAGAAGCCCACUGUGGUCACUGUUGAAAUCUUUGUCAACAGCCUCGGGCCUAUUUCCACCCUAGACAUGGAAUAUUCCAUUGACAUCAUCUUCUACCAGUCCUGGUAUGAUGAGCGGCUUCGUUACAAUGACAGCUUUGAGACCCUUGUUCUACAUGGCAACGUGGUGAAACAGUUGUGGAUCCCGGAUACCUAUUUUAGGAAUUCUAAGAGGACUCAUGAAUAUGAUGUCACCAUGCCCAACCAGAUGGCUCUUAUCCACAAGGAUGGAAAGGUGUUGUAUUCAGUUAGGAUGGCCAUUGAUGCGAGCUGCUCACUGCACAUGCUCAAAUUUCCAAUGGACUCUCACUCUUGCCCUCUGUCUUUCUCUAGCUUUUCCUAUGAUGAGCAUGAGAUGAUCUACAAGUGGGAGAAUUUCAAGCUUGAAAUCAAUGAGAACGCUUGGAAGCCAUUUGACUUUGAUUUUAGAGGAAUGUACAACAAAACUGAAAUCAUCUCCACCCCAGUUGGUGACUUCAUGGUCAUGACCUUCUUCUUCAACAUGAGCAGGCGGUUUGGCUUCAUUGUCUUUCAAAACUAUGUCCCUUCAUCUGUGACCACAAUGCUCUCCUGGGUCUCCUUCUGGAUCAAGAUAGAGGCUUCUGCGGCCAGAACCUCUGUAGGAGUCAGUUCUGUAGUCACCAUGGCCACGCUGGGCACCCUUUCCCGUAAGAAUUUCCCACGAGUCUCCUAUCUCACAGCUUUGGACUUGUAUAUUUCCAUUUGUUUCGUCUUGUGCUUCUGUACUCUACUAGAGUUUGCUGUGCUGAACUUCCUGAUCUACAACGAGACGAAACGACAGACUUCUCCAAAGCUGUACCAUCUUGCAUCCGGUAGCCAUGCUAAUACACGUACUCGUGCUCGUGCCCGCACCCGCGCUCGUGCCCGUGCCCGUGCCCGCCAGCAGCAGGAAGUGUUUGUGUGUGAGAUCAUCACCUAUGACAGGAAUGCUGAAGAGCAUCAGUAUUGCCCAGUCCAGCAGUCAAGAAGACCCCAGUGUCCCCGGAGGCGAUGUGACAGGAGCUAUGUGUGCUUCAGGAUUCUCAGGAGAUACCUCUGCAUGGCUCCUGGUUGUGAAGGCGGCACCUGGCAGCGGGGCCGCAUCUGCAUCCAUGUUUACCGCUUGGAUAACUACUCGCGCGUGCUUUUCCCUCUUACAUUCUUUUUCUUCAAUCUGCUCUACUGGCUGAUUUGUCUUAACCUGUAGGCUCCAGCUGGUAGCUCAUGGGGCAGCCUCCGCAGUUCCCCAGGAGGUGUCAUGCCCCUUUGCCAAGGGAGUUGGGAGAUAACAGCAACAGCAUCAGAGGUACCUAGAGAGAGUUUUUCCUAACCUGGUUCCUUGUGCAAGCUUAUAGAGAGUUUGUCUCUACUGGCCCUCUCCCCCUUAGCCUGCUCACUCAGUCUUCUCAACAGCCCUUCUCAAGUAACGGCCCACCUCUUUAUUCUUCAAAGAGCAUUCAUGAUGCUCAGUGUGCGACAUUUGAGCAGAUAAGAUACCUCCCAAUGGUAUUAACAGUUACUGUCUUUCCCCAGAAGCCCAUGCUUCCCUUAGUGAUGAUGCUAAGGGGCCCAGCUCAGGCUCAAGCCCAGAAUGCACAGAGCGACAAUAUAGCAGGAGGAGUGUCUUUAAGUCAGACCAUUAGAUUCUUGUUUUUUCCUUGACCUCCCUCCCUCUCCACAUACACACACACAAUCCCUGUAGAAGGUGAGGAACAAGCAAGUGGGCAUAUUUGGGAAAGUAACUCCUCUCUGUUGCUGUGCCAUCUCCGUCUCCCCACCUGCCUCCAUCUGCAGUACCAAUUCACUUCCCUUCAUCCAAUGGGUAUCUAUUUGUGUGUGAAAUAUUUGUAAUUUCCCUUGCUUUGUAUGCCCCCUUCUUCCUCCUCCUUGACCCUUGUGAUUCGUUCUAUAACUUCCCCAGUGACUUUCCCAGCCCUGAUCCAGGUACUAGGCUUUGGUAACUCACUGGGACCAAGAAACUGAGUACAUUAUUUGGCAGCAGCCAUUAGCUGCCACUGAUUGGUGCUCACCUCAGGCACAGUCUAAAUGUUUGACUGCUUUCUUGGCCCCUGGACCCGAAAGUCAGUCCACUGCCAUCCCUGGGGCGCUCACACAAUUGCAAUCAAUUGAACUCCCUUAAAUUUAUAUAGACUUUUCCCUUUGGAAAAACACUUUUGACAAACCAUUUCUAUUUGGAGUCUUGUUCUAGCCCUGUGACAUCUUUGGGCACAGUUUGUUCUCCAUUUGCAGAUGGCAACCUUGAGGUACAGAUUUCUAUGUGACUAUGGGUCUUGCUGAAAGCCAAUCGAGUGUCCCCUUGCCACCUGCUAAAAGCACGUGACAGGGCUAGGAAGCUCUGAUCACCAUGACUCAAUUUUGUUUCCCCUGCUGGCACCCCAGUGGCAGGGCAUAGAAUAAUGACAGCCCCUCUGAAGCGUGGACCUGCUCCUAACUAGGCCUGAGGUGGCCAGACUGCUCUGCAGGUUGAGCUCCUGCCUUCAGUAACCCAGUGAGACGAGUUUGUACAUGUCCCAAUGCUUGUAUAUGCUGAACAGAAUCUGUGUCUGUACUUUGUGUGUGGGGGGGCUAGGGAUUGGGAAAUCCAUCUGCUUUUCGUCA